AUGAAGCGAGCAUCAGAAGUUAUAGCAAACAAAUAUAAAAUAUCAUUUCAAUGGAUUCUAAAAAGAUGGUAUCAACAAAUGCUGAUUCAUCCUAUGGAGAAAAGACAGACCUUUACAAGUUCUCGACUUUUUUAA